CCGCCUGGCGACGGGGAGGGGGGACUCGGCCGCUCGCCCCCCCCUCCCCCAGUUCACCGUUCGGGCCGGCGGCAGCGGCCGGAGCUGCGUGCGGGGAAGGAGCCGGCCCGGGCCGGGAAGGGCCUGGAGGUCACCGAACCCUCCCCGGGAGUCCGUCCCGUCCCGUCCCGGCUCCGGCGCUGAUUUUGUCGCACUGAAAGUGUCCUGUCCCCUGUCACCCCGCUCUGCUCUCCCGCCGUGCCCUGCCGCCAGCCCCGCUGACACCUGUGGGAGGUGCGGGAGGCACCGUCCGGGCCGGGUGGGCAUCCCUGACCGUCCCCUCUCUCCGUGAAGAACCGGACACCGGGCAGGAGAUCCCCCGGGAGCAGCCGGGUGUUGGGGCACGGGGGGUCUCCCUGACCCCUCCCGGGAUCAACGGGGGUUGUGUUGUCCUGCACCGCUGACACCCGGAGCAAAGGCGGUGGUGACACAUCAUGUGCCGGGCGCAAUCCCGGUGGAUGAAGGAUGCCCCCGGGAGCUCUCGGUAGGCACCGAAGGCCUCAAACUUUUAUAGGCGAAAGCGAAGACGCAAGAAUUGUUUGGGAAAACUCCUUCAAGGAAACUUGCUUCCAGCUCCCCAACGGCUGAACCCCCGCUGCGGCCCGCGCUCCGGGGGGAGCACGCACCUUCCCACCCCGGCUGGAACCGUGAGCUCCUAGGCAUGGAAAGUCACGAGAGGGACUGGGAGCUGCUCUGGUUCCACGGGGUGGCCUGACGGGCCCGGAGAUGACCUAACUCUGUAGGAUCAAACUGGGCCCAGCCAAGGCCAGCUGACUGGGAAGAGCCCCCGGUAGCGGGACCGGGUCGGAAGCAACGUGAGUCCCGGACUGAGUGUGUCCCGUCACAGAUUUAUGUUCUUUUUCAAAGACUUUCUGGAGCCAGGCCGGGAUCUUUUGGCAUCCAAUUGACCUGGAAGCAGCUCUUAGGUUUGGUUUUUCUUUUCUUUUUUUCCUUCUUUUUUUUUUGUUGGUUGUUUUUUUUUAUUAUUAUUAUUAUUCAUGUUUGUACAAUCUUCUGGAUAUUUUUUUCCCGAGAAGGAGUAAAAAGGGAGUGUUGGAAACUUAACAAAACAAGGAUUAAAGCCUUGAGCGCUUAAAGAAAAAAAAAAAAAAAAAAAACAACAAAAAAAACAGGUUAAGGAACUUAAUCCAGGAUGGAUCUGCAGGAGCCCCAGCAGCUGGGAAUGUUUGCAGAGAGCGAGCUGAUGUCGGUGGGCAUGGACACGUUCAUCCACCGCAUCGACUCCACCGAGGUCAUUUACCAGCCCCGGCGCAAACGGGCCAAGCUCAUCGGCAAGUACCUCAUGGGAGACCUGCUGGGAGAGGGCUCCUACGGCAAAGUCAAGGAGAUGCUGGACUCAGAGACCCUGUGCAGGAGAGCCGUCAAGAUCCUGAAGAAGAAGAAGCUGCGCCGGAUCCCCAACGGGGAGGCCAACGUGAAAAAGGAGAUCCAGCUCCUGCGGAGAUUACGGCACAAAAACGUCAUCCAGCUGGUGGAUGUGUUGUACAACGAGGAGAAACAGAAAAUGUAUAUGGUGAUGGAGUACUGUGUGUGUGGGAUGCAGGAAAUGCUGGACAGUGUCCCAGAAAAGAGGUUUCCAGUAUUUCAGGCUCACGGGUACUUUUGUCAGCUUAUAGAUGGCUUAGAAUACUUGCACAGCCAAGGGAUUGUCCACAAGGAUAUAAAGCCUGGGAACCUCCUGCUAACAACCAAUGGGACACUAAAAAUAUCUGAUUUAGGAGUAGCAGAGGCAUUGCAUCCGUUUGCGGAGGACGACACGUGCAGGACGAGCCAAGGGUCGCCAGCAUUCCAGCCCCCAGAAAUUGCCAAUGGCCUUGACACCUUUUCAGGCUUUAAAGUCGACAUCUGGUCUGCAGGGGUGACACUAUACAACAUCACAACGGGUCUGUACCCUUUUGAAGGGGAUAAUAUCUAUAAAUUAUUUGAAAACAUCGGGAAAGGCGACUACACAAUUCCAGAGGAUUGUGGUCCUCCACUCUCAGACUUAUUGAGAGGAAUGCUUGAAUACGACCCAGCCAAGAGGUUCUCAAUACAGCAGAUAAGGCAGCACAACUGGUUUAGGAAGAAACAUGCUCAGGCAGAGGCGCUGGUGCCCAUCCCUCCCAGCCCUGAGACAAAGGACAGGUGGAGGAGCAUGACGGCGGUGCCUUACCUGGAGGAUCUGCAUGGCUACAAUGAGGAAGAGGAUGAUGACUUGUAUGACAUUGAAGAUGAUAUCAUCUACACUCAGGACUUCACAGUACCAGGACAGGUGCCUGAGGAGGAGGAGGAGGCCGGGCAGAACGGGCAGAGCCGCGGCAGGGGGCUGCCCAAGGCCGUGUGCAUGAACGGGACGGAGCCGGGGCAGCUGAGCAGCGCCAGGGCCAAGGGCGAGCGCCGCGCCAGCGCCUCCUCCAACCCCUCCCGCAAGGCCUGCUCUGCCAGCAGCAAGAUCCGCAAGCUCUCCACCUGCAAGCAGCAGUGAGCUCUGCCCAGCAUCCCUGGGCCCGGGCCAGCCUGUGUCCCCCUCCUUGCCCCAGCUCUGCCUCUCUCCUGGGACUGGACUGUGCUUGCAAUCCAAAAGGAAACCAGAAGAAACCAACCAAGGAGCCCCCCCCCCGUUCCUUCCCUGCCCGCACCCCCUGCUCCGGCCAGCGCCAGGACACGAAGCUGCAGUGGCCACACCCUCCUCCCUGCCCUGCCCAUCCCAUCGGACACCUGGGAGUUGAACUCUGCGGCUGCCGGGACGCUGCCCCCUUCCCCCCCCGAUCACUCUUUGCCAAUCAAGACACUGAUUCUGUUUUUAAUUUUGCGAUGGGAAGGGUGGGAUGAGGGGUCAAGGGGCCCCCUGGCUGUGUAGAGUCGUGCAAAGCCAUUGCCGUGCACUUUAUGUUUUAGACUACUGUUAUAUAUUAUAUAUUUUCCUCUCUCUUUUUUUUUUGUUUUGUUUUAAUUUUUUGUUUGUUUGGGUUUUUUUUGUUUUUUGUUUAUAUUUGCGGUAUAUUUAGAGAUUCCUACACAUCGUGAUGUGUUAAAAUAAACCAGAUGAGGAAAAAAAAAAAAAAAACCAAAAAAAAACAGGUA